AUGGCCCAAUCGGUUCUCUCCCGUCGGGCACAAGAUGUCGUCGAUGCCGGAUCCGAUAACCCCAUGUGGGACGUGAUGAAGGACGCGUGGGACGCGUCAACAAACCCCAACGGUUAUGUCAACGUGGGCGUAGCCGAAAACACACUAAUGCACGACGAGCUCCUCAAAUUCAUCAACAAGAAGCUCGAGCUGCCAGCCAAGUACCUCACCUACAACGAUGGCGGAUCUGGCUCUUCCAGAUUGAAGGCAGCCAUCGCCGCAUUCUUGGACCGCCAUCUGAAGCCAGUCAAGCCACUCGAGCCGAGCCACGUCAUAGCCACCAACGGUGUCUCGUCUGCGGUCGAGCAUGUUGCAUGGUCAUUCGCAGAUCCCGGCGAGGGCAUCCUUCUAGGAAGACCGUACUACGGCAUGUUCAUCCCCGACAUCUCACUGCGUUCGCGUAGUCCCGUGGUUCCUGUCAGUUUCGGAGAACACGACCCUCUCAGCAUCGAAAGCGUGGAUAAGUAUGAAGAAGCAUUGCUGGAGUUUCACCGAACAACUGGUAAGAAAGUCAAGGCUUUGAUGCUUGCGCAUCCGCACAACCCGCUUGGACGCUGCUAUCCCAAAGAAGUGCUCGUCAAGCUGAUGCGGCUCUGUCAGAAAUACCAGAUCCAUUUCGUCAGCGAUGAAAUCUAUGCGCUUUCGGUCUUUGAGAAUACCGUCGACAAAUAUCCACCACCUGUCAAAUUCGAAUCCGCCCUUUCCAUCGAUCUGACUGGCAUUAUCGACCCCCGUUUGGUUCAUGUCCUCUGGGGUAUGAGCAAAGAUUUUGGCGCGAACGGUAUCCGACUCGGUGUCAUCAUUUCCCAGGCCAACCGUGAUUUCCAUAUGGCGAUGACGGGCCCAUCGCUCUAUUCUUUUGCUUCUGGGAUCACGGAUCACCUGACUUCUCUUCUGCUUGAAGACUUCGAUUUCACCGACCGGUAUAUUCAACAAAAUCAGAAGCUGCUGUCGGAAUCCUAUGCGUACACAGCGAACUACCUGAAAGACCACGGAAUUGAAUAUGCGACAGGAUGCAAUGCUGCGUUCUUCGUCUGGAUGAACCUGGGAAAGAGAUACCGCGAGCUUCACCCGGAAACUGAGUGCGAGAACGUUGGCGAACAAGUUAUGCAGCACCUUUUGCAAAAGAAGGUCUUUUUGGCCAGCGGUUUUCUUUUUGGAUCUGAGAAGGAUGGGUGGUUUCGACUUGUGUUUACACAGGGCCAUGAAUUUUUGACCUUGGCUUUGGAAAGGAUAGUCGCAGCACUUGAGGGAUAG